AUGUCAGACAUGUGUGGUGAGUGGCAGGUACAACGUCGAAGGAAAGCUGCAUCCAGAAGUUUGAAGACAUCAAAGAUUUCUGAAGCGCACAGCAAUGAGCCGCUGGAUGUUGGAAAAACUGUUAAAAGAAUCAACGAAGUUGUGGCUGAAAUGAGAUGUGAAUGCUUUUGGAAAGAAUGGAAAGAACAAAUGCUGUCGGCUGCAUCAUUAAAUCUAAAAGAGACAGAGGUCAACUCAGGCAAGCUGCAAGAGAGUUUGGAUGCCAAAAUUGAUCCACUCGAGUGUGUGUGUUAUGGCUUGGGCAACUUUUCUACAUCUGUAUCUGCUCGGUACCAGCUCGCCAUACUGCUCCUGCUCCUGGAUGCAGCAAAGAUUCCAUUAAAAGACUGUCUUGUUUAUGACCCUGCUUUUUCCACUGGAGAAAAAGAUGUACUCCGACAGUUGGGUCUAACUGUACUCACAGACAAUGAGGAGGGGAAACGACUGGCUACCAAACCUACGCUCUUUUACCUCAUGCAUUGUGGGAAAGCCUUGUACAACAACCUCUUGUGGAAGAACUGGAGUCCAAACUGUCUGCCCCACGUGGUGAUAAUUGGAAACAGCUUUAGCUGCAUGAAGGAGAGAAUGAUUGAGAGCGAAUUCAAGCGAGACUACAGCUACAUCAGUCAGGCAGUGAAUGUGUGUGAGGAGAGGCAUCUAACAUGCCCAUCUCGUUUGACUGACGUCUUCAGCGACACUGUGCUCAUCAGCUUUAAUCCUGGCAAACUAAACUGUCUCAACCAGUCUACCUGGACAGCGCCACUUGAACCACAAUAUCAGCACUGCACUGAUUUGGAGAUAAUACAAAAACAAUCUCAGAAUGGAGGCAGGACGUGA